CGCAUCUCUACAACGAUCAUGGCUAGCAGACAGGGCGGAAAGCUGAAGCCUCUCAAGGCAGCAAAGAAGGACAAGAAGGAGCUGGACGAGGAGGACGUCGCCUUCCAGGCGAGGAAGAAGGCAGAGGAGGCCGCUCUGAAGGCGGCGCGCGACAAAGCUACCAAGGGCGGAGCUCCGGGUGGCGGCAUCAAGAAGUCUGGCAAGAAGUAGCGGUUGUAUCUAUCCAUCUAGUCCGGGAAGGUCUACCGCACGCACGCCGCACGCCACAUCCAUCUAUCUCCCCGUGUGGCUCAAUCUUUUGCUUUGUUCGCACUCGUUCUCGCUGUUGUACCCCUCACUUGGGCUGUACCAUAGACAUGUUCUUCAGGGAAAUCGAACGACGGUCUGAUAU